AUGAAGUUUGAGUUGAGUUGGGUUGGGUUGGGAUGGGAUGGCGGUGGGGUGAUGGGGAUUGGUGAAGGGGCUUGUGCUAAAUUAGGGGAUGUUUUAAAGGCAAAAGACAUCCAUGAUGAUGCCAUCAAAUAUGGGUUUGGUUCCGAUUUGCUUCUUGGGAAUGCGAUGAUUGAUAUAUAUGGGAAAUGCAAGUACAUUGAUGAUGCGAAGAUAGUUUUUGAUGAUUUGAGAGUGAAGGAUGUGCCUAGAUAUCCACCGUCAGCCUUUCCUAAUGUGAACCUUGCCCUUCUAAGUAUUUCCUCGAUUACUGCACCACUUCCUCAUCUCUGGGUGCCUAGAUAUCCACCGCCAGGCUUUUCUCAUGUGAACCUUGCCCUUCUAAGAUAUUCAAUUGUGGACAUUGUUGAUCACGGUUUAUACGAGCAUGGUCAUCCAAAAGAAGCAAUAAACUUUUAUGCGGAAUUCAGAAAUAGUGGAAAAGUUAGUCCCGAUAAGUUGGCUUUUCUGUCUGUUGUCAAGGCUUGUGCUAAAUUAGGGGAUGUUUUAAAGGCAAAAGACAUCCAUGAUGAUGCCAUCAAAUAUGGGUUUGGUUCCGAUUUGCUUCUUGGGAAUGCGAUGAUUGAUAUAUAUGGGAAAUGCAAGUACAUUGAUGAUGCGAAGAUAGUUUUUGAUGAUUUGAGAGUGAAGGAUGUGAUUUCUGGGACAUCAUUAUGCUCAUGUUAUGUCAAUUGUGGGCUCCCGGGAGAUGCUCUUUGGGCAAUUCGUGCAAUGUGUCUGAGUGGAACAAUGCCUAAUGCUAUGACUUUAUCUUAUAUACUUCCUGCUUGUUCAGUUUUGAAGUGUUUGAAUUUGGGUAGAGAGGUUCAUGGUUUUGGUAUUAAGAAUUGUAUGGAAGAUAACAUGUUUGUGAAUAGUGCACUGGUUGAUAUGUAUGCUAGUUGUUCAAGUAUCAAGCAAGCUGAGCAGGUGUUUCAUAACAUGCCCCAGCAUGAUAUGGUGUCAUGGAAUGUGAUGAUAUCAGCAUAUUUCUCAAAUGGAAAAUGUGAGGAUGCACUUAUUAUUUUUGAUCAGAUGCUAAGUCGAGGGGUAAAGUUGAAUUAUGAUUCCUGGAAUGCUGUUAUAUGUGGAUUUAUGGAUAAUGGACAAACACAACAAGCACUGGAGUUAUUAAGCAGAAUGCAGCAAUUAGGAUUCAAACCAAACCAAAUCACUAUUAUAGUAAACUGA